AUGGCAAGGAUGAACCGGUUUUUUUUCAUUCUGCUUCAACACUAUACUUCAUUGGCUAUAUUUCCAAAUAUUAGCACUGAUGAAGCUGUUCUUCUAGCCUUCAAAUAUCAUAUUUCUAUUGGUCCUAACCAUAUCUUAGCAACCAACUGGUCUUCUUCCAGUCCUGUCUGGUGCCAUUCCAUCAUUUUUAAGUUUGUUACCAGACCUUCGGAUUUUGCACCUUUCCUUAAGUCAAUUCUCCGGAAAAAUCCCAUCUUCCUUUUCCAAUCUGACAAAGCUGGAAGUACUGAGAAUAAGGGAAAAUUUUCUAGUAGGAGAGAUCCCCAGGAGCUAGGUCGGCGAUCUCACAUGACUUUGUUAUACCUGAAAAAUAACCAGCUUAUUGGCUCUAUAUCGUUGUCAAUCUUUAACAUUAGCACAAUGCAACAAAUGGCUCUACCUAGAACAAUCUUACUG